AUGAAACGAAAGCUCGACGAAAAUGAUGUGCCGUCUACUGAGGUGGUGGAAGCCACAGAUGAGCAAGAAAUCACAUUUGAGAGCCUCAAUCUCGAUUCGCGAUUACGCCAAGCGCUUGUGAAAGAGAAUUUCUCGAAGCCGACGCUCGUCCAAUCCCAAGCCAUUCCAUUAGCCCUUGAGGGGAAAGAUAUAUUAGCCCGUGCCAAAACUGGAUCUGGCAAGACAGCAGCAUAUGUGCUGCCCAUACUGCAGUCUAUCCUCCAAAGAAAAGCUAAUGAAACCUCGUUAAAGGCAAUUUCUGCUCUCAUCUUGGUUCCGACAAGAGAACUUGCCGAGCAAGUCCAACGAGUCGUCGUUUCGUUUUCGUCGUUCUGCGGAAAAGAUAUUCGCUCUGUUAACCUCACACAAAAGGUCUCGGAUGCUGUGCAACGUGCCAUGCUCGCUGAUUUCCCGGAUAUUGUCAUUUCAACACCUGCUCGUGUGCUCGCGAAUGUCAACAACUCUGCACUGUCUCUCGACCAGCUCACGCACGUAGUCAUCGACGAGGCGGAUCUGGUGCUUUCAUAUGGCUAUGAUGAUGAUAUCAAUGCGCUAUCCAAAGCUGUGCCCCGGGGCAUCCAAACGUUUUUGAUGAGCGCAACUCUCACGGACGAAGUCGACACUUUGAAGAGUUUAUUUUGCAGGAGCCCGGUAACACUCAAAUUGACCGAGGCGGAGGAUGAGGGUGAUGGCAUCUCGCAAUUUGCCGUUAAAUGUGCCGAAGACGAAAAAUUUCUUCUUACCUACGUCAUCUUCAAGCUGCAACUCGUCAAGGGAAAGUGCAUCAUUUUUGUUGGUGACAUCGACCGCUGUUAUCGUCUGAAGCUGUUUUUGGAACAGUUUGGCAUUAAGAGCUGUGUUCUCAACUCUGAAUUGCCGGCCAAUUCUCGUAUCCAUGUUGUUCAAGAGUUCAACAAGGGCGUUUACGAUAUCAUUAUUGCCGCGGAUGACCAAGAAGUGCUAGGCACGAAGAAGAUUAAAAAGCCCUCAACCGCAAUAGAAGGGGACCCUGAAGAUGCCGAAACCGAGAUUGAAGAUUCUAGUGACGACGAGGUCGAUCAAGGGCAAUUGACCAAGACCAAGAAUAACAAGAAGCAAAAAUUGACCGGCAAACAAAAGGAUUACGGCAUUUCUCGCGGUAUCGAUUUCCAAAAUGUUGCCUGUGUCUUGAACUUCGACCUCCCCACGAACUCUAAAUCUUAUACCCACCGCAUCGGUCGUACCGGCCGAGCUGGCCAAACCGGCAUGGCCCUGUCAUUUGUCGUCCCCAAAGAAGAAUUCGGCAAGCACAAGCCGACCAGCCAUCCGACCGCCAAACACGACGAAGCUGUCCUCGCCAAGAUCGUCAAGCGUCAAGCCAAACUUGACCGCGAAGUAAAACCCUACCACUUUGAAAUGAAACAGGUCGACUCCUUCCGCUACCGGAUGACAGAUGCUCUGCGCGCAGUCACUCGGUUGGCCGUCCAGGAAGCUCGGGCUCGUGAAAUCCGCCAGGAACUGAUCAAAUCAGAAAAAUUGCGUAGGCACUUUGAGGAAAACCCGGAGGAAUUGCGACAGCUCAGACAUGACGGCGAGAUUCGCGCCGUCAGGAUUCAACCGCAUUUGAAGCAUGUCCCUGAAUACUUGAUGCCUUCCAAGGGUAGAAAGGGCCUUGUCGCAGACGGAUCGGCAGGGUAUGUCGGUAUUGGCAAGACGAAUGAGAAUAGGAUUCGCAAGGCGAGAGAAAAGAAUAGAAACAAAGGUAGAAAGGGCAGUGCUGGAGGACGAAAAUCAGAUCCAUUGAAGACGUUCAAUGCACGAGGACGGAAGAAGUAA